UAAAACAAUUAAACAAACCUAAGAACCAUUCACCAAAUUGGCCGGCUGUUUUUGGCCUAUAAAAAUGUAAUAAUUGAUAACAAACUAGUAAACAAAAAAAGUAAUAAGUUACUCAGUGAUUAAACUUGUUUUCUAGAUUAUCGUAUCUUCAAAUGUAAUCUUAUCUUAUCGAAAUACAUUUCGUGCAAAUUUCUCUGCAUGUUCAGACAUUAGUCUUCCAUCAACUUUAGAGUAGAGAAGAACACGGAAGUUAAUUCUCAAUUUAUAAAUCAGAUAAUAAAAAUGGAAGAUAAGAAACUUAAUAUACAAUUGGAAGAAAAUGAUAUUUCUCAGAAAAGCCUCGAGGACAAUUUGAUCGAUAAUAGUUCAAAUUUGUGUGACUCAUCAUGCUUUAAGGCUGUGAAACAAUUGAUGGAAAACUCCGAUAAGAAAGAAGAAUUCGAGGAUUUUAUUUAUAUAGUGCAUAUGAGAGAUAAUCAAUUAAUGGACAUAAAGGAUAAACUCUCAGAUCUUGAAGUAAAACUAUCAAUUUAUAAGCAGCAAAUUCUGGAGAAGAAUAAAUUAAUAGACAUUUUGAAAAGGAAAAUUUAUUUAUCAGAUGAAGCAAAAAUUAAUAACAAUGAAAGAACGAUUACAGAAACGAACAAGAUAAAUGCUGAAACAAUUAAGGCUAAGGAUGAACUAAUAGAAUCACUUAAAGAAUCACUUAAGUUAUCUAAAGAUAAUCGAAAGCUAUGGGAUAGUAAUCAAUUAGCAAUGACAACAAGAAUAGAUCUUCUUUUGGCUCAACAGGCAACUGCUAAUGAGAAUAUGAUUGAAAAAGAUAAUGAGAUUGUACGGCUAAAAUCAAAAACUGAUACAAAUGAAGUAGAAAUUAAAGAAAAUAUAAAAAUUAUUGACGAAAUGAAACAUGAAAUAAAAACUGCUAAUGAGAAUAUGAUUGAAAGAGAUAAUGAGAUUAUACGGCUAAAAUCAAUAAUUGAUACAAAAGAGGUAGAAAUUAAAGAAAAUAUAAAAAUUAUUGACGAAAUGAAACAUGGAAUAAAAACUGCUAAUGAGAAUAUGAUUGAAAUAGAUAAUGAGAUUAUAGGGCUAAAAUCAAUAAUUGAUACAAAAGAGGUAGAAAUUAAAGAAAAUAUAAAAAUUAUUGACGAAAUGAAACAUGAAAUAAAAACUGCUAAUGAGAAUAUGAUUAAAAGAGAUAAUAUCAUUAAGGAACUAAGAAAAGAAUUAGAAAAGGCUGAAAUUUGUUUAAGAGAUUUAUGGUUCUUGCGUCCACGGUCAUUUGACUUAUUAUGA